CAGCAGAGAGGUCCCCGACAACAGCAGGAAAAAAAAUGGCUUUAAAAUUCGCACUCUUAUUGCUACCAUAUAUGAUGAUAAUGAUGAUUGCGAUGAUGGUCGCUCAGGCUGCUCCUCAUAAACCUCCAGGAAAAGUCAGCACUCAUCGCAAACCUCCUGAAGAUGAUGCCCCGAAAUAUUACAUCGUCGGCAACCUGGAACACGAAAUCAAGACGACAUCGCACUCUGUGCGGCCCAUCCACAACGACUCCAUCUCACCCUGGGAAUACAUCACCACGACCGAUUUGAAUCGGAUUCCAGCGCAGCUCCAUGAGGCCCGGUGCCUCCUGAGCGGCUGUUUAAACUGGGAAGGAGUCGAGACCAUGGAGCUGGAGUCCAGACGGAUUAUCCGGCAGAUUCCGGUGCUGCAGAGAGUCCGAGGCGACGACAAAAACUACAACUUCAGACUGGAAUAUAAAGCCAUCUCAGUGGGCUGCACCUGUGUGCGUCCGUACGUCCAGGAGAUCUGACACAGGGGACACUGAACUUCUUGUGGAGCUUUACUCUUAACUCUAUUAUUAUUAUUAUUAUUAUUAUUAUUAUUUAUGUAUUCCCUGCUCAUCUUUUUGUAAAAUUUUAUUUUAUUUAUUAGUUAAUUAAUUUUUUCCCCAUGUGUGUUACAUCUGUUAUUUAUUCACUUAAGAUAUGUAUGAGAAUAUAAAGUGAAUUAAACUAAUUUAUUAAACAAAAGAACCAUGUUGUC